CGAAUACCAGUUUUGCUAAAAGUAGAAGAGUUAGUAACAUCAUGUGUGAGACAUAGAACGCUAAAUAUCGAAUAACAGAGCGAACGUCAUCUUUAAAGUCAUGAAUAAAAUGGCAUAGGUUAUUCGAUGUUCACGCAGAUUAUUUGGGACUCGCACUUCAUCUCAUUACUUUUCUGCAUUCACUUUUUCAGAAUUAAUAAAGCUAACUGCAUCGAUCGAUUCGAACACAAGUGAAAAUUUCCAAUUGAUCAUGAUUUCAUUCAAUAUGAAGCGAGCGCAUCUAUUGAUCUUUGCCAUCAUUGUAAUUAUAAACACAGAUUCUGCUGUCGCAACAGUCAACGCAUCAAAAGGUCGAAAUUCAUCAAAACCUAUCAGCGCAUUAAUUGUUGUCGACGUACAAAAUUGUUUUAUCACUGGAAAUCUUGCAUUGUCCAAAACUCCUGCUCGUCAAGAUGGUGCUAAAGUUGUUCCUAUUAUCAAUGAUUUAAUUCGAAAUGUUCCCUUUCAUGUUAUUGCGUAUUCACAUGACUGGCAUCCUCGAAAUCACAUCUCAUUUUUUGAGAACCUAAAUUCGCGUAGAAAAUAUUUAAAAGGUAAUCAAAAUCAAGUGAUAAACAUGUACGAUGAAGUCACAUACACUGGUCCCAAAGUCGAAACAAAACAAAUCCUAUGGCCGUCACACUGUAUACAAGACACCGAAGAUGCAGCCCUUCAUAAAGAUCUUUAUGUUCCUUCAGCGAGUGACAAUGUUAUUCAUAUUCAAAAAGGCAUUGAUCCUGAUAUCGACAGUUACUCAGCGUUUACAGAUAAUAAUCGAGUUCAAAAAACCGAUCUUGAUAAGAAACUUCAAGAACGCAAUGUUACACACGUUUUUGUUGCUGGUUUGGCAGUGGAUUAUUGUGUUGGAGGAACUGCACUUGACGCACUCAAUUUGAAUUAUACAACGUAUCUUAUCGAAGAUGCAAGUGGAAUUAUCGAUUUCAAUGUGGCAAAACCACAAUUGGACUAUUUAAAACAGCAAGGCGUCAAAGUUAUUCAAGCGAAUGAAGUCAAAGCAUUGAUUUCCAGUGGCAGCAACAAAUGUUUCAGUUCUAUAUUAGUUGUUUCUAUCAGUUUAUUCAUCCUACUUUUAUUAUAA